AUGAUCGUCACCCCCAAUGUGGUGCGAGAGGUUCAGAGUCAUUUUGGUUGCAGUGAGAUGAUAGGGGGAGAGUUGGAGAGCCAGACAGUGCUGCAGAGUGCAGCUGGAGACAGCUUCUGGGAGAAGAGAGUGUUUGGCGAGGAGGUGAUGACAGCUUCAGCCAGCUACUACCCAAUUCUGUCUCGACUGACUCUAGCCCUCCUCCAUGACUCUGGCUGGUAUACACCAGACUAUUCCUAUGGCGCCAGUCUCCAUUGGGGGCGUGGUCAGGGGUGUGGCUUCUUAGAUGGAUCUUGCUACAAGUGGGUGUGGCCAACAGAAACCAAAUAUGGAGAGGACACCAGUGUUGUCCCGUUCUGUCGUCACCAACAGGACUCUGCCGAGAGCUGUGUCAAUGGGAGGAGGGCUGUUGGGGUGUGCUCUAUUAGGAAUUACCCUGCCAGACUUCCACGACCUUUCAGGUAUUUCUCAACCAGAAGAAGAGGAGGGGCUUCCCCUAUGGUGGACUAUUGCCCCAUAUUCCUGUACGACUUUGCCAGUUACCAGCCAACUGGUAGAAGCUGUCUGACUCCUCCCAGUACCUUACCGACACUGCCAGUACCGGAGGUGUAUGAACCGGAGUCGCGAUGUUUCGAGCACCAGUGGGAGGGCAGGGCCAGGGAGGGUGUGGUGGGCGGGGCCAGCUGCCACACAUUCUCAUGUACCAGAGACAGUGUCGUGGUAGAUGUCGGAGGGUCAAAGGUCGAUUGCAGUCACGGUCUAGCUGGAGAACAUGUUGCAGUUGAGUUCACUCGUAACAGCACUGGGAACAAUACCUCAGUCCACAUUGUCUGUCCUUCUUACCAAGACCUGUGCGAGAACUACAACUGUCCUCGACUCUGCUCCGGCCACGGGAACUGCAUCAAAGGCCACUGUCGCUGCCAACCCGGUUACUAUGGCAAUGACUGCAGCUAUUCCUACUUGGAUCGUUUGCUCACGUGUGACUCGGUGCUCUGCCAGAAUGGAGGUAGCUGCACUGACAGUGGUGGCAGUGGAAGUGGAGGAGGUGUGUUCAGUGGAGAUGACAGUGGAGGAGGUGGGCUUGGAUUCAGCUGCCAGUGUUCAGUUGGCUAUACUGGGAUGAUGUGCGAGAACCGUGUGACCUCUGAUCCCUGCCUUGACCUCUCCUGCCCUGCCAACACCCACUGCGUUCGCUCAGACCUGGGGACUGUGGGACAGUGUGAAUGUAAGGCUGACUAUGGAGGAGAGGAUUGCAAAACAUUCCUGUUGUGUGAACGGAGGGGAGCGACCCUGUCGUAAUGGCCGUUGUCGCAGGGGGCGAGAUGGAGAGCCAAAGUGCAUGUGUGACAAGGGGUUCCGGGGACCUCAGUGUGACCUAACGAAGAGACCUGAUGACCCCUGUCUCUCCUCCCCCUGUCUUAACGGCGGGACUUGCUCCACUACAAGGGAAGAAGGGAGACACAAACUCUCCUACAAGUGCAGCUGUCUGCCGGGGUUCAAAGGUCAUCACUGUGGCAAUAAAAAGAACCCGUGUCUGGACCCUAACCCUUGCCACAACGGGGAAGAGUGUCGCCAGACGAUGCGAGGAGACCCAAUGUUCUGGUUCCUCUUCACCUGUUACUGACGUGUCCCCUGUCAUUGGGGAACUUUUUGAAAUUGAACGCUGUGACCUUUGACCUCAACCAUAUCUUCCCAAUAACCAUCCACAUUAUACAACCACAUUUUUUAAUCAUCAGUAUCUCAUCGCCAUCAUUGUUAUCCAUUUUGCAGUAAAAUUAUUUGCAUGAUUUUGUUUGUGAACAUUGAUUUGGGUUCUAGUUGCCAUAGUGAUGGACUGGUUGCCGUGAUACAGGCUCCUCCCAGGCACUCCUCUCCACUGUAGAACACUGCGUACUGCCAGGGGCCACUGCACGAAGAGGGUUGCUGCACGUCACUUGCAAACCUUCCUUGUCUUCAACU